CGGCGUCGUGGUAAUUUUUAGUGCAUUAUCUUGCUGAUAAUUUUUUCGCCGUGCGAAUAGGGAGACACUCAAAAUACAACCAUUUUUUGGCGUGUGUGUAGCUAGCGCAAGCCGCUUGGUAAUCUUAAAAGAAGGAAGCGAGUGGUGAAACGUAUUCAAAACACGCACGCCCGGCAUCAUUGCAUUUUACAUUUGUGAAUAUCGUCAAGCGCGUACAUAGCGAAAAAAAAACAUGUCUGACGAAAAGAAGGGAGGCGAAACCGAGCACAUCAAUCUGAAAGUACUUGGACAGGAUAAUGCGGUGGUCCAAUUUAAAAUUAAGAAACACACACCUUUGCGAAAGCUGAUGAAUGCCUACUGUGACCGUGCCGGACUUUCCAUGCAGGUGGUACGCUUCCGUUUUGACGGUCAGCCUAUCAAUGAGAACGACACUCCGACCUCGCUUGAGAUGGAGGAGGGCGAUACUAUUGAGGUGUACCAGCAGCAGACCGGCGGUGUUUAUUAAUUAUAUACUUGUAUGAAUGUAGUUAAGCUAGUUACUCUUCAUUUUAACGACAACAACAAAAACAGCAGCAGCAACAACAAUUAAGCGAGCAUUAUUCUACAUAAAUAAACAAAAGAAAAAUAUCAA